AGGAAAUGGGUGCGCUAAAAUGAGAGAGCAGAGGUUGGAAGACAGAACAAACAACAUAGCCGUAGUGUGAUUUGCAGUAUGGUGGACAAGAUUUCAGUACUACUAAGUAAACUGUGCAGCCGGCCAGUCAUGUUUGACUCCAAUUUCGAGCUCAAACCUGACGGAAUCUGCCAUUUGACAAGCGAUGUGUUGCAAUUCGCACAGAGUUGACAGUUGAUGGCGCAAGGCUGCUCACAUGAGGCCAUUUUUUAUUUUUUUGGGCGUAAAUAAUGCCGUUAGUUGAGGGAAAGAAUCACUACCCGCAUCUUCUGCCACGAUGCUCGCCGCCGGCUAUGGCGUCCUCGCCGUCGCCGCCGCCGUCGUCCUCACGCUGCCCUCGGCCGUGCGUGCCGCGCCCUCGAACAUCUGCGACAUGGGCGUCGCGACGUACGCUGCCAACAGCACGUUCGAGGCGAACCUGGACCGCCUCGGCGCGGAGCUCCCCGCCAACGUCUCCGCGGCGCGCGCCACCGGCGGCUACGCGGUCGCCACCGUCGGCGCGGCGCCCGACCUGGUCUACGCGCUCGCGCUCUGCCGCGGCGACGUGAACGCCUCGGCCUGCGGCGCGUGCGUCGCGGCGGCGUUCGCCGACGGGAAGCGGAGCUGCCCCGGGAUCAAGGGCGCCACCGUCUCCGGGCCCGGGGACGGCUGCGUGCUCCGCUACUCCGGCCAGAGCUUCAUGAAUUUCCUCAGCACCGAGCAAUGGCAGGUCUCAGAGAUACUUUGGUAUCCCGACCAUGCCACGGACAGCAUCAAGGUGCCGGACGUUGGCUGGUUCAACGCCGCCGUCGCGAAGAUCCUCGCCGCCCUGGUCGAGCACACUUGGGCCACGACGACGAGCAACGCGACCGCCAAGAAGUAUUUCUCCACGGGUGAGGAGGAAUUCAACCCCAAGAUCUACGGAUUCGUGCAGUGCGUGCCGGACUUGUCGCCGGAGCAGUGCAAGGAAUGCGUUAGGACGCUCCACGAUCAGGCGAAAAUCCACUACAUGGGCAACAGCCUUCCGUGGGCUAGUACUUAUUCGGUGUGGUGCAGUCUGAUGUAUAGCGUUCGGCCGUUCUUCGGUGGCCGGGCGAUGCUGCAGCUCUCGCCGCCGCUGCCGCCGGCGGUCGAUACUCCGGUUGGUACUCAUGAGCCUGGAGCAGGGAAGAAAAAGAGCGUAGCAGGACUCGCUGCAGGCCUCGCUUGUUCAGUUGGGGUACUCUUGAUCCUUUCAGUUCUUGUGUUCGUUCGUUUCAGGAGAAGGACCAAGGCUGCCGAGACUGACCACCCUUUAAAGAAGAUAACGAGAGCACAGUGCAUGAUUUUUGAUCUGCCUACACUGCAAGAGGCGACCGAGAACUUCUCGGAGAACAAUAAGCUUGGUGAGGGUGGUUUUGGUACUGUAUACAAGGGAGUACUCUCAGAUGGACAAGAAGUUGCAGUGAAGAAACUUUUAGGAACAACUGGGCAUGGAUUGGAUCAACUACAUAACGAGGUCCUGCUAUUGGCAGAGCUUCAGCACAAGAACCUUGUUAGGCUACAGGGAUUUUGCUUGCAUCAAGAGCAGACACUGCUGGUUUACGAAUACAUCAAGAACGGGAGCCUGGACAACAUUCUAUUCGAUACCACCAAAGGAAAUUCACUCAAUUGGGAGCAACAGUACAACAUCAUUCUUGGAAUUGCUAAGGGUAUACUGUAUCUUCACGAGGAUUCAAGCUUGAGGAUCAUUCACCGUGAUCUGAAAUCAAAUAACAUUCUACUUGGUGAGGACAUGGAACCAAAAAUUGCAGAUUUUGGAUUGGCAAGGCUGCUAGGAGAAGGUCAUACUCAUUCUAGGACAACCAGAGUUGUUGGAACAUUCGGUUAUAUGGCACCCGAGUACGUAGCAGACGGAAAUGUGUCAACCAAGAUAGACAUUUUUAGCUUUGGUGUGUUGGUCCUUGAAAUUGUGAUGAGGAGAAGGAACUCCGAUUCUGGUGAUCAUGAUAAUGUGAAUCUCCUGACUGAUGUCUGGAAUAGCUGGACAAAAGGGACAAUUUCACAAUUCAUUGACCAAUCGCUUGAUGGGUACUCUCGAAGCCAAGCCAUGCGAUGCAUCCACAUUGGGCUAUUGUGUGUCCAGCCGGACCCUGGUGAGAGGCCUCAUAUAUCAUCUGUCAUUUUCAUGUUAACCAGGGAAAACAUGGAGCUUCAGCCACCAGCACAACCUGCAUUCUUCUUUGGGACAGAAUCGGCUUCCUCUUCUACAUCAUGUGGGCAACGCAGCUAUGUGUAUGACCGCUAUGGUUUUGCUAGCGUUUCUGUAAAUGAUGUUACACUCACCGAGCCAUAUCCUAGAUGACUGGUCUUACUAGGAGGUCACAAUGCGAAUGGGUAAAAGUCAGAGUACCGUACUGUGUCCAUACACACGUCUUAACUUUGUCCAAGGAAUCUAAUAUUGUCGCGAAGAGGUGGGAAUAAUCUCCAGUUGCUCGGAGCGUAA